AUGGACGUGCUUAACAAUCAGCUGCUCUCAGAUGCAUCUGAUGUCAGUGAUCUGAGAGACCAACUCCAGCGGUUGGAGGAGGACAAGAAAAUGCUCCAACAGAGAAACAAGGAGCUGGAAGAGUUCAAACACAAGAUGGACCCAACAAUGAGACCGGGAUUUGUGAGUACUUCUACCAAAAAUGCUCAAUCCCAAACCUCUGAAGACUUCAGAAAACUCCAAGAAAAAUAUGAAGAGAGUCAAAAGAGAGUCGAUUUCGUGAACAAGUACAAUGAGACUCUGAGAAAAAUAGCUGGAGAUUUUGAAGACAAAGCAAAAAAAAUGGACGUGCUUAACAAUCAGCUGCUCUCAGAUGCAUCUGAUGUCAGUGAUCUGAGAGACCAACUCCAGCGGUUGGAGGAGGACAAGAAAAUGCUCCAACAGAGAAACAAGGAGCUGGAAGAGUCCAAACACAAAAAUGCUCAAUCCCAAACCUCAGAAGACUUCAGAAAACUCCAAGAAAAAUAUGAAGAGAGUCAAAGGAGAGUCGAUUUCGUGAACAAGUACAAUGAGACUCUGAGAAAAAUAGCUGGAGAUUUUGAAGACAAAACAAAAAAGUUCCACAUGAUCAACAAUCAGCUGCUCUCAGAUGCAUCUGAUGUCAGUGAUCUGAGAGACCAACUCCAUCGGUUGGAGGAGGACAAGAAAAUGCUCCAACAGAGAAUCAAGGAGCUGGAAGAGUCCAAACACAAGAUGGACCCAACAAUGAGACUGGGAUUUGUGAGUACUUCUACCGAAAAUGCUCAAUCCCAAACCUCUGAAGACUUCAGCAAACUCAAUGAAAAAUAUGAAGAGAGUCAAAGGAGAGUCGAUUUCCUGAACAAGUACAAUGAGACUCUGAGAAAAAUAGCUGGAGAUUUUGAAGACAAAACAAAAAAGUUCCACAUGCUCAACAAUCAGCUGCUCUCAGAUGCAUCUGAUGUCAGUGAUCUGAGAGACCAACUCCAGCGGUUGGAGGAGGACAAGAAAAUGCUCCAACAGAGAAACAGGGAGCUGGAAGAGUCCAAACACGGGAUGGACAUUCAGGAAAGUUAUGAACAGAGGAUGUUGGGGUUAGCACAGAAGGACAUGGCAGAGAAACUGAAGAAUGAAAGGAAACUACUGACAGAGAAGGAGGAAGAACUAGCUCAUGAGAAAAGUUUACUGGAAGAGGAGAAGAAAAGACUGCAAAGAGAGGAAAAGAAAAUGCUGGAGGCUAAGAGAAAACAUGAAAUGGAAAAAGAAGAGUGGCAAGCAGAAAAGACUGUUUUGGAAGAGAAAAGAGAAAAGGUGGAAUAUUUGUGGCACAAUCUUGAUGUGAAGAAAGCUGAGAUGGAUAAAAUGGAGGUGCAAGAGAAGAAAAGAGACAAACAACUGCAGACCAAGCAGAAAAGGCUGCAGAAAGAGGGAAACUUUUUAAUGGGAGAGAGAAAAGACCUGGAAACGGGUUGGAAGAAACUGGAGCUGGAAAAAGCUCAAAUCUGUGAUAUUAAACACAACAUGGAAGAAGAGCGUAAAGAGCUUCAGGUUGAGAAGGAAAACCUGCUGCAACAGUUCCUUCAUUUAGAUGAGGAAAAGAAACGAGCUGAAGAAUGUAAAAAAACCUUGGAAGCUGAGAAAACACUAACGGAGCGAUCCAAGGUGAGACUGGAGGAAAUCAAACAAGAGCUCCAACUGGAAAAGGUGGAAAUUGAAGAGAACAAGAUGAAAAUGAUACAAAUGGAGGAGAGGAAGAAGGGAAACCUUUUAAUGGAAGAGAGAAAAGACCUGGAAACUUCUACCAAAAAUGCUCAAUCCCAAACCUCUGAAGACUUCAGCAAACUCCAAGAAAAAUAUGAAGAGAGUCAAAGGAGAGUCGAUUUCGUUAACAAGUACAAUGAGACUCUGAGAAAAAUAGCUGGAGAUUUUGAAGACAAAGCAAAAAAAAUGGACGUGCUUAACAAUCAGCUGCUCUCAGAUGCAUCUGAUGUCAGUGAUCUGAGAGACCAACUCCAGCGGUUGGAGGAGGACAAGAAAAUGCUCCAACAGAGAAACAAGGAGCUGGAAGAGUCCAAACACAAAAAUGCUCAAUCCCAAACCUCAGAAGACUUCAGCAAACUCCAAGAAAAAUUUGAAGAGAGUCAAAGGAGAGUCGAUUUUGUGAACAAGUACAAUGAGAAUCUGAGAAAAAUAGCUGGAGAUUUUCAAGACAAAGCAAAAAAGUUCCACAUGCUCAACAAUCAGCUGCUCUCAGAUGCAUCUGAUGUCAGUGAUCUGAGAGACCAACUCCAGCGGUUGGAGGAGGACAAGAAAAUGCUCCAACAGAGAAACAAGGAGCUGGAAGAGUCCAAACACAAGAUGGACCCAACAAUGAGACCGGGAUUUGUGAGUACUUCUACCGAAAAUGCUCAAUCCCAAACCUCUGAAGACUUCAGAAAACUCCAAGAAAAAUAUGAAGAGAGUCAAAGGAGAGUCGAUUUCGUGAACAAGUACAAUGAGACUCUGAGAAAAAUAGCUGGAGAUUUUGAAGACAAAGCAAAAAAAAUGGAUGUGCUUAACAAUCAGCUGCUCUCAGAUGCAUGUGAUGUCAGUGAUCUGAGAGACCAACUCCAGCGGUUGGAGGAGGACAAGAAAAUGCUCCAACAGAGAAACAAGGAGCUGGAAGAGUCCAAACACAAGAUGGACCCAACAAUGAGACCGGGAUUUGUAGCUCAUGACAAAAGUUUACUGGAAGACGAGAAGAAAAGACUACAAAGAGAGGAAAAGAAAAUACUGGAGGCUAAGAGAAAACAUGAAAUGGAAAAAGAAGAGUUGCAAGCAGAAAAGACUGUUUUGGAAGAGAAAAGAGAAAAGGUGGAAUAUUUGUGGCAAAAUCUUGAUGUGAAGAAAGCUGAGAUGGAUAAAAUGGAGGUGCAAGAGAAGAAAAGAGACAAACAACUGCAGACCAAGCAGAAAAGGCUGCAGAAAGAGGGAAACUUUUUAAUGGGAGAGAGAAAAGACCUGGAAAUGGGUUGGAAGAAACUAGAGCUGGAAAAAGCUCAAAUCUGUGAUAUUAAACACAAAAUAGAAGAAGAGCGUAAAGAGCUUCAGGUGGAGAAGGAAAACCUGCUGCAGCAGUUCCUUCAUUUAGAUGAGGAAAAGAAAUGA